UUUAGGCGCACGACCACCAGGCAGCCUCCCCCUGCAGCGACUAUGGCCGAUAGCACUCCCGCCGCGCCUGUAGCGCCGCCCCAGCCCGCUCUGACGAAGUCCUCGAACCGCAAUCUCCCACCCUCCGUGUUCACGCUGCCGCAGACCGCCCAGCUCGAGGCUCUGUAUACGAUCAUCCGAUCCAAAGAUACCGCACGAGGAGACUUUUUGUUCUACUCCGAUCGGAUUAUUCGGUUGCUGGUGGAGGAGGGGCUGAAUCACCUGCCUGUCGUGAAGAAGGUCGUCGAGACGCCGACUGGGGCCACGUAUGAGGGCGUCGGGUUCGAGGGAAAGAUCUGCGGUGUUUCCAUCCUGCGGGCGGGUGAGGCGAUGGAGGCGGGUCUGCGCGAGGUCUGCCGGAGCGUGCGCAUCGGUAAGAUCCUAAUCCAACGAGACGAGGAGACAGCGCUGCCGAAGCUGUUCUAUUCCAAGUUCCCACAAGACAUCGCCUCCCGCUAUGUGCUGCUUCUUGAUCCAAUGCUUGCUACCGGAGGCUCUGCGAUGAAGGCCGUCGAAGUGCUGAUGGACCACGGCGUUCCCGAGGACCGCAUCAUCUUCAUCAAUCUCGUUGCCGCGCCCGAGGGAAUCAACAAUUUCUGCACCAAGUAUCCUCUAGUCAAAAUCAUUACCGGGUGGAUAGAUCAGGGAUUGAAUGAAAAGGCAUACAUCAUUCCCGGCCUGGGCGACUUCGGAGAGCGCAGGUAUUGCGAGUAGGCGAAGGUGUUGUAGGAAGCGGUUUUAGGGCUUGUAUGCCACUGGAUAAUCGCCUUCGUUACCGUAGACUGAGACCACAGUGGUAGACUCAGAUUACUGGUAAAACGGGGAGUGCCGUUGUAGUGUCGCGCUUUCCGGUGCGUAAGGCUUAAGCCGUGUCGCGCUCUUGAACACCCUUGGAUGGCCGGCCGCAUUCCUCAUCAGCCGAUCUUUCAUCACGAUCCGGGAAACUUCAUGCGUACAGUGCCGGUUGUGCGACUUGUCAGCUCAUCUUACUGUAAGCACAAUCCACUUACAAAUCUAUCCGGCUCACCCGUUUGUUCCCGAUGUGGCUGUAGUCGGUGUUUUCCAUUUUGAGCCAUUCACCCGACUUGCUCCGAAAGAGUUGGUCUCGAUCAAUGCCACGCGGUGACGUGACGCGGAUAACUCCGGCAUGUUGAUCGUUCUGUCAACCUGCCAAGGAUGAGACGCUUCAUCCUUCUUGCAACACACUCAUUUCGCGCCGCGACACGGCUGGCUCUUACUUAGGAUGUCCCGCCUCGGGCCAGCUCGCAAUCUGGGCAUCGACCCUAUUUAAGGCCCGGCACCAUGAAAUUUUACUCGCCUCACGCGCAACGUCUCUCGCCAUGCCUGCGGGUUCUUCCUCCGUCCCCUUGUCCCCCGCCUCGACCAUUACAUUGCAACCCGUCGAGCCUGCACUCACUGCCACCCAUGGACACGAUCCAAAUGCGCCAGAUCUCAGUUUUCCCUCGCAUAUCCCAGCUAUGGAGUAUCGCGGAGCUACCGAGACCGGAUUCAUGGACGCCAAGGACGUGUUGACUCAGAAGGUCGACCCCGAACGCGCAUCGAGGCUCGAGAAAAUCCAUUUUGUGACGUGGGAGGAGAAUGACCUCGAGGAUCCGAGGAAUUGGUCGAAUGCCCGCCGAUGGUAUAUAACCUUUGUCGUCACUUGCGCGGUGAUCUCCGUCACUUUCGGCAGCGCCGUCAUCACAGGCGACUUCAAGGACAUCCAGGCCGAGUUCCGGGUCGGUGAGGUUGUCGUCGCGCUGUCCGUAUCGCUAAUGGUGGUCGGAUUUGGCAUCGGACCACUCGCCUGGUCACCUUUGAGCGAGAUCUAUGGGCGGAGACCGCUCAUGAUCAUUCCCUCCCUCUUCUACGUGAUCUUCAACAUCCCGUGUGCAGUGGCACCCAACAUCGAAACACUACUCAUCUGUCGUUUCUUUUGCGGGCUCUUUGCAUCGGCGCCCUUGACCUUGGCCGGAGGCACUAUUUCUGACAUAUGGGACAACAACGAGCGCGGAAUCGCUGUCGCCUUAUUCGCUGCUGCGCCGUAUGGCGGGCCCGUGCUUGGACCCAUUGUCGGUGGAUUCGUAGGUCAGAGCUUGGGCUGGCGGUGGAUUAUAUGGGUGAACAUGAUCUUUGCCGGCGCCGUACUUUUGUUGUGCACAUCGCUCCCAGAGACGUUUGCGCCGACUCUGCUCCGCCGACGAGCUGCUCGCCUUCGUGCUGAAACUGGGAAUGCGGAUAUUAUGACUGAGCAGGAACUCAAUGGACAGUCCUUUGCCGACAUGAUGACCGAUACUCUUAUCCGACCGUUUCAAAUGAUCAUGACCGAACCUAUCCUGCUGCUGAUGUCGCUCUUCAUCGCCCUGGUAUAUGGACUCUUGUACGGAUUCUUCUUCAGCUUCCCUGUCGUCUUCGGCGAGGGCUAUCACUUCACGGACGGUCAAGUCGGGCUAACCUUCUGUUCUGUGUUGAUUGGAUUGGGUCUGGCGCUUCUGAUGACGGUCCGCCUGGAGAAAGACUACUUGAAGCGCGCUGCAGCGAAGGGCGGGCGAGCAGAUCCUGAGGAUCGGCUGGUGGGCAUGAUGAUCGCUGGACCAUUUGUCUCGAUCUCACUGUUCAUUUUCGGGUGGACCAGCCCACCAUUUGUCCAACCUGGAGGUGGAAACUGGGUAGGACCUGCAAGCGCCGGCAUCCCAUUCGGAUUUGGAAUGGUUGUGAUCUACUUCUCCGCCAACGCAUACCUCAUCGACGCGUUCCCGGGCUACGUCGCAUCGGCGCUCGCGGCCAAAACCGUCAUCCGAUCCGGGGCCGGAGCUGCGAUGCCGCUGUUCAUCGUGCAGAUGUAUCACGGUCUGGGGAACGGAUGGGCUGCAUCGCUGCUUGCUUUCCUCGCGCUUGCCAUGAUACCCAUACCAAUCUUGUUUUAUCGCUAUGGGAAGGCCAUUAGAGCCAGGUCGCAGCGCGCAGUGUCAUAGAUUUCGAGUGUUCAUGGGUUCAAAGCUGGGGGGAUUCGUAGAACUAGAGGGAAUUUCAAUUGGGUUUAGACCGAAGUGACUGGUUCUCAAGUGAAUGUAAAAUUUGCAAGCUGUCUUAGUUGUAAUACGAUUGCCAUGCUCGCAACCCCCAUCCUAAGAAAGCAGGACAGGGGAAAUCAGGCCAUGGAAUGCCUCUCAAUCUUCAGCACCUUCUGUACAUCGCGGACCUCCUGGUCCCUCUCAUCCAGCCAGUCUCGCUGGUGGCGUGCUUGUGACCGGUCCAGGGCUCUCCCGAAAUCAAUGACCCGGAAACUGGGCGUCGUCAGCGAUCGUUCCGCGGGAGGGAGCGUCAGCGGGCCCGGUUGCACGAGAAUGUUCUUCCUGAAUGGAGAGCGCUGGAGGAUACCAGACAUAUGUAGCCUGAGAAACAGCGAGAAACAUUCCGCUCUGAGGUCGCGGAUUAGAUUUGAGAUGCUAUGCGCCGAUGUACGCACUUUUCGUCGUGUGAAAGACUCUGGGGCUCAAUCGGCGUCCCGCAAUCCUCCAGCAACAUGAUCGGGCUAGGCUGAGUGGCAUCGUCAACCGAAUAUCCCGUUUCUGGGACGUAGAAUCCGUAGAACUUGGGUACGACGGCACCGACGGGCACGGGAUACUUGAUACCCGGCACGAGAGCGUAUCCAGAAUACGCAUCGCUCAAGGACUCUGGAAACGAAGCGGGCGACGCGUAGAGGCAUGCUUCAUGAUCCAGAAACCCGCGUGCCUCAGUCCUAGCGACGGAGACUUUCGCAACUACCCGUACGGCGGUGGAAUCGAAUUGAAAGACGGCGUGAUACACGUUCGAGUGGUGACCGCAUCCGACGCGUGAGCUGCGAGUGAGAUAGAGAUGCCCGGGGUUUUGCUCUUUCCCGACUUCCGGCAGAAGACGUUUAUAGACCAGGACUCCUUGAUUCUGUCCGACUCGCGCAUCUGGAUCGUGCACAUGCAGUAGAUUUGGGAGAUGUGAAUGAGGGAUGCGUUCUUCGAGUUUGGGGAACCUGGCGGUGUCGAAGUAGCUGCCUAGACUGUAAGUUUAUGAGAAAGAACCGGGUGUGAGAAGUGGAGUGUGUGACCUUCCUCAUUCAAGAUCCUACUGCGCUCUGCAUCCGCCAUGGGCCACGGAGCACAAAUCUUCAUACAGUGAGCGUCGUCCGACCUUUCUGAAACGCCCAACUCCUCAAAAAGGCUCGUGUUCCACACGUCGCUCCAGGAGUAUCCCUCCGAUUGAUCCGACUUCGCGAUGAAAAAGUCGUCGAGAGAGUGACCCCAAAGACAGCCCUCGGGGGUACGCUUGGUACGAAGGACGGCUGAAGAGACCGAAGCAGACACCAGGUUGCCUGGCCGGCGGAUUGGACGCGACAUUCGAAUUCGCACUCACUCAGACCGUGAAACUUCGAUGAGAUUAUCGAUGUGGAGGAAGUCAAGUUGGCCGCGGCGGCGUGUCGAUUGAUCGUGCAAAUGGUUCGACCACAUCUCCUUCUCGUACUCGACGCUCAUGGCCACGAUUGGUAUCCUAGCUUUGCAAGGCGCUUUCGCCGAACAUCAAACGCGCAUCAAAAGCGUCCGGAGUGCCAAACGCCAGCUCUCGACCCUCCUCGUCAAAACCGGGGACGACCUCGCACGCUGCGACGCUCUGAUCAUUCCUGGGGGUGAAUCCACUACUAUAGCGCUGUUGGCUAGACUCGCAGGUCUGAUAGAGCCGUUGAAGGAGUUUAUCCGCACAAAGCCAGUGUGGGGCACAUGUGCAGGCGCCAUCUUACUCUCUCGGUCGGUCACUGGCGCGAAGAAGGAGGGUCAAGAGCUGUUCGGUGGGGUAUCGGUUGACAUUGCGAGGAACGGAUGGGGGACCCAGGGCGAGUCGUUUGAGGCGGCUUUGCACAUCGAAGGGAUGUCGGCGGGAGAUGCCAGCCGCGAACCCAGUCCUUUUACGGGGAUCUUUAUUCGAGCGCCGGUCAUUCUGUCUGUUGCUGCCGAAGCAGACAUUUCCGUUAUCGCCCGUCUUCCUACCCAUCUGCUUCCGGAUCCUGAUCUGGUCGCUGACGCACACGACCCACGCACGAUCGUAGCACUGCGCCAGGGCCAGCACCUGCUCACGACGUUCCACCCCGAGUUAACGCCGGACAACCGGUUCCAUGAAUAUUUCGUUCGACAAUGUGUUCUGCCGUCUUUACCGUCGAUAUAAUAUCUGGGCGGGCUCAACUGGCCGAUGACGUCCCGGCUUCCGGGUUAGAGUUGUUGGUAGUGACUCGCAGCAUGCGAUCGAAGCUCGGGACACCGUUUCGAAGAGCCCAUCCAUGCGAAUUCGCUACCUGUUGCUGGUGUCUCUCGACGCAUCGCCAGCCUUUGUGCCACAUGGUGACGAUCCCUCUGCUCCGAUAGCAUAAAUACUACGGCUAUAAGUAGGACCCUUCGUUCCUUCGCCCACCAGGACACGACAUGUUUCUCGCACUGGGACUCUCUGCUCUCUUGAGCGCCGCCGCGCUCGUGGGCAACGCCAGCGCCCGAAACUCGUUCCCGUCAAAAGCGUACAUGCAGCAGCUCCAGGCAGCGUCAGCAGAGCGUUUCACGCGGCCCACUGCACUGGCUGCCACCGCCGGUGUCAAGAACAUCACGUUUACCGAUCCCCGGGCGUCGGCGUUCUACGUCGACGGAAAGAACAUUCCUGAGGUCGACUUUGACAUUGGGCCUAGCUGGGCCGGCUUGAUUCCCAUUAGCAGCGAUCCCAAGGAGACACGCAAGCUCUUCUUCUGGUUCUUCCCGCCUGGCCCGGAGGGCAGUCUUGACGAUCUGAUCUUCUGGACGAACGGCGGUCCUGGAUGCAGUAGCUUGGAGGGUCUCCUGCAGGAGAACGGGCCCUUCUCGUGGCAGCCCGGGACAGCCAAGCCGAUACAAAAUGUGAACAGCUGGACGAACCUCUCCAGCAUGAUCUGGAUCGAGCAGCCCGUCGGCACAGGCUUCUCUCAAGGAACACCGAACAUCACUAACGAAAACGAUCUGGCUUCCCAGCUCGUCGGUUUCAUGCAGCAGUUCCUGGACAUCUUCAAAGAACUCAAUGGCAAGAAGUUCUACGUCAGCGGUGAAAGCUAUGCUGGUCUCUACGUUCCAUACAUUGCAAACUACAUCUACGAGCACCCGACCGCACUCAACCUGAGCCUGCAAGGCAUCUGGAUUGCGGACCCUGUCAUCGGCCCGGACGUCGUGCAAGCCCAGAUUCCUGUGGUCGACUUUGUGAAGAAGUACCAGAAUGUGUUUGCGUUCAACCAAGAGUUCAUGGAUGAGCUCGAUGCGACCAACAAGCAGUGCAACUAUGCGGACUACGUCUCCACACAUCUGAACUACCCGCCGAAGGGGAUCCUCCCUCUCCCGGCGCGCGCGAAAGCGGCGAACUGCGAUCUGUGGGACACGGUCUUCAACCAAGCAUUGGUGAAGAACCCGGCGUUCAACAUCUACCGCAUCUUCGACACGUUCCCCAUCCUGUGGGACGUGCUCGGCUUCCCGGGCUCGUUCCCCGAUGUGCAGCUGGCUCCGCUGUACUUCGACCGCACGGACGUGAAGAAGGCGAUCCACGCGCCCACCAACGUGUCCUGGGCCGAGUGCAGCAACGUCGACGUCUUCCCGCGGGGUGAUCGCAGCGAGGAUUCGUAUGUGUCGGUGCUUCCGAACGUGAUCGAGAAGAGCCAGCGGACGGUGAUUGCACAUGGUCUCGCGGACUUUAUUCUCAUUGCGGAGGGCGCACGGAUUGUCAUUCAGAACAUGACUUGGAACGGGCUCCAAGGCUUCCAGACUCCGAUCGCCAACGACAGCCUCUUGAUCGACAGCGUCGGCCCGCUCGGGACAGCACACACCGAGCGCGGGCUCACGUACAUUGAAGUCGAGCUGAGCGGACACAUGAUCCCACAGUACUCGCCGCUGGCCGCUUUCCAGAGCAUGUCGUACGUGAUGGGAUUCAGAGCUUCGCCGUAGUGAGAUAAGUAGAGACAGAAAAUGUAAUGCCAAAUGCAUGCCGCUGGAUAGAUGCGAACCUCGAAGUCGGUUCAGCCUUCGUUCCGAACUCAGUCAUACAAACGGUAUCGUAGAGCCCAUUGGCGGUAGUGGAUCGGGGGGACAUCCUCAGCAGCCAGUGGAUUGUGCUCAUCACAAUGUUCAAGACAAGAGUCAGUUGGUCGGACCUUCAUUGAUCGGGCCAGUUCCUCAGAUUCGUCCCAAGUCCGACGAGCGCAAACAGGGAUAUGAGGCGAAG